CUUUCUUUUUCCCCGUUCAAACCGAGAAAAAUGCUGACUCUACUCUUCUCCUCUCUCGGACUCCUCCUUCUCCUCGGCCUUCUCCUCAAAUUCGCAUUCGCCGAUGGGGACUUCACCCUGAUUUCGAAGAAGCAUGUGAAGCGCGAAGCCAUAGAAGGCAAGGUGGUUUGGAUCACAGGGGCUAGCCGUGGAAUUGGAGAAGUUCUUGCUAAACAGUUUGCAAGUUUAGGUGCCAAGCUUAUUCUCUCUGCUAGGAACGAAGCUGAGUUGGUUCGUGUUAAGAGUGAGCUCAAAGGUAAGUAUGCAUCAGAAGAUGUCAAGGUUUUGCCUUUAGAUCUAGCUAGCGGCGAAGAGGGGCUCAAAGGUGCUGUAGAGCAAGCAGUGUCGCUUUUCCCUGGGGCUGGGGUUGAUUAUUUAGUUCACAACGCUGCCUAUGAACGUCCGAAAUCAAAUGCAGUGGAUGCGAGUGAGGAAAAUCUUAAGACUACAUUCGAGGUUAAUGUAUUUGGGACAAUAUCUCUCACAAAGUUGGUAACUCCUCAUAUGCUGAAACAAGGUGGCGGUCAUUUUGUAGUGAUUAGCAGUGCAGCAGGGAAGGUACCAUCACCUGGUCAGGCUAUAUAUGCUGCUUCAAAACAUGCUCUGCAGGGCUACUUCCACAGCUUGCGUUCUGAGUUCUUUCACAAGGGAAUCAAGGUUACUGUUGUUUGUCCCGGUCCAAUAGAGACCUCAAAUGGUACAGGAACAUCAACUUCGGAAGACAAGAAGUCUCCUGAGAAGCGCGUGUCAUCUGAACGAUGUGCAGAACUGACCAUAAUCGCCGCAUCUCAUAACUUAAAAGAAGCUUGGAUUUCAUAUCAGCCAGUACUGCUCGUGAUGUAUCUAGUGCAGUACAUGCCUUUCCUUGGCUUCUGGCUCAUGGACAAGGUUGGAGAGAAACGUGUGGAGGUUGCUGAGAAGAAAGGCAACACAUACUCAUGGAACUUGCUCUUCCAGAAGAAGACUAAAACAAACUGAAACUGAUCAUCUAGAAAGUGUCUUGAAAAUAAGCUCUGAAGCCUUUUGUCAGUACUUGUGGUUUGUGUUUGUUUGUUCUCAGAAGACAGUUUGUUGACUUGUGUGAAUUGUCAGCAGGAUAUAAGUUGGAUUUUCUAGGCAUUGGUUGUAAGAGUUCUUCCCUAGUUUACUUAUGUGAUGUUUAGUGAAAAUAUAAGAAUUGUUACUUCCUAAAUU